AAAAAGGGACAAAAAAACUAGAGCCGGGUCAGCUGCCACGGUUUCCAAGGUUUUCUCACUGUAAUCGUAGGGCCUAUGGUUUCUAGGGUUUCUUCUAGUCUCAGAAAUUGGGGCACAAACAAGUGGAGCUCUUGCUUCUCAUCGCAUGGGCCCAUAGAGGGAGCUCGGCUUUCUUUUCAGUUUUUAGUCAAAAGAAGCGCUGGUUUGUGAUUGAUGGCGGAUUCUUUCUGAUGUGGAAAAAUAAAUCCUUUCUCAUCAAGAGGUGAAAUCUUUCCGAUUUGUUGGGGUUGUUUGUUCUCGGUGAUUGUUUUCCUGCAUAGUGGACUGGUUUCCAAAUGGCUGGUAAAUCAAUGGAAACUGAGCUUCUGAAACUGUUUGACAAGGCAAAGAAAGCUGCAGAUUUAGCUGCAUUUGAUCAGGGCUCAGUCCAGACUGAGGAAGCACGGUGCUUGGACACUCUCAAACUGAUGAAGGACUUUCCUGUCUCUACUUCGAUCCUUGUUUCGACUCAGGUUGGAAAACGUCUCCGUCCCCUUACCAAACAUCCCAGGGCCAAGAUUCAAGCAGUUGCUUCUGACGUGCUUGAUAUCUGGAAAAAUCUUGUUAUUAAGGAGACCUCAAAGAAUAAUAAGACAAAUAACAAGUCAGAUGAGAAGAACUCUAUCAGAGUCGAAGUUAAGUCUAUUAACUCAGGCUCAAAGGGAGAGAAUGUUAAGAUCGAAAUGAGCCCUAACGCAAGUGUAAAUGUUGAGAAGGUCCCAAAGGUCGAAUCUAUCAAAGUUGAGAAGGUUGAAAAAACUACAAGUGUUCGGGUUGAGAAAAUCGCUAAGGAGGAGAGGGAACCCAAGAAAGCUUCGUCUUCUUUUGCACCUCCAAAGCUCUCAGGAAUGAUCAAAUGCAAUGAUUCAUUGAGAGACAAGUACCGUGAACUCUUGGCUGAAGCCUUCUCCAAAGUAUCCAGUGAAACUGAUGAAGCUAUGAUGGAGGAAGUGAAUGCUUGCGAUCCCAUUAGAGUUGCUGUUACAGUUGAAUCCGUUAUGUUUGAGAAGAUGGGCCGUUCCAAUGGUGCUCAAAAAUACAAGUACAGGUCCAUUUUGUUUAAUCUAAAAGAUGCAAAUAAUCCAGAUUUGAGAAGAAGGGUUCUUCUUGGUAAGAUUAAGCCUGAGAAUCUAAUCAAUAUGACUCCUGAAGAAAUGGCUAGCGAUCAGAGAAAGCGUGAAAACAAUCAAAUAAAAGAGAAGGCACUAUUUGAGUGUCAAAGAGAAGGAGCACCAAAAGCCACAACUGAUCAGUUCAGGUGUGGAAGGUGUGGGCAAAGGAAGACAACUUAUCAUCAAUUGCAAACUCGGAGUGCUGAUGAGCCCAUGACCACAUUCGUGACCUGUGUAAACUGCAACAACCACUGGAAGUUCUGUUAAUGUAGUCCGUAGUGUGCGAGUUUAGGUGCAAUGCUAUCGAUCUAUGGUUCCUUGAUAGAUCUUGUGCUCCAUUCUUUUCAAGCAGUUCUUUACCCACGGCAAAAUUGAUAAUAACAUUUGAUAUGGAUGAGAAAUUUGAUUGUGUCAAUUGAAUUUGAUGUUAUCUAACUCUUCCGAAUUGAUUUGGAGAUAUGUAGAGAGAACUAUUAUUCUAUCAGUGUAGAAGUUGUAGUUGUAUGUUUAUCGAGAAACAAGUUCUCGUUGCACUAUGUUCCUGUAGUCAGCAUAUGAAGUUGUAGUUUUUCUUCAACUAAGACAACAUGCUGUAGGUGCUUUUUGUUAGUCUGGGUAGUAUUUAUUUUCGUGAUUCCUGACAUUCUUAAUAAUAUUAAGGUGUUUCAAUGUUGA